AUGACGUGGCACAAAAUGAUUGGUAUUUCAUAAUUUUUUUUGGGGCCCAUACUUUUGGAAAUAAUUGUCCAAUCACAACGUGUGUUAUCCGAAAUUAGCGUUAAAGUAGUUGAGAGACUCACUUGUAACCUUUAAAAACAACUCCUCAUCUACAAAAUCACAGUAUCACACACACAUACACACACCUAAUUCAGAUCCAAAAACUCUAAGCCCCCACCCCCCUCUCUCUCUCUCUAGCUUCUCUGAAGAGAGAGAAACAAUGAAGGCCAAUCUGCAUUUGCUUCUCUUCUUCUCUCUCUUCUUCACAUGCUAUGGAAAGAGACAGAGUGAAGCUCUUGGCCAUCUUUACAAAACGAAGCUGACCAAAAACUCCAUAAUUGACACCAGCAAUUUCAAGGUGACCAUUAAUGGACUCGUUGAAGUUCUUUCUCAGGAAGGAAUGAAAGAGAGAGACAGAAUAGAGAGAUUACCGGGACAACCACAAGUAGGGUUUGAUCAGUACGGUGGUUAUGUGACCAUCGACGAACCGGCCGGUCGAGCUUUUUAUUAUUAUUUUGCAGAAGCACAGCAUUCUAAGCAGUCCUUGCCUCUUCUUCUUUGGCUUAAUGGAGGGCCUGGUUGUUCAUCUCUUGCCUAUGGAGCAAUGCAAGAGCUGGGACCAUUCAGAGUCCACAGUGAUGGCAAAACAUUAUACCAGAACAGAUUUGCAUGGAACAAUGCUGCAAAUGUUUUGUUCUUGGAGUCACCAGCAGGAGUGGGGUUUUCUUAUUCGAAUACGACGUCGGAUUUUGAGAAUGGGGGAGAUAAGAAGACAGCUGCAGAUAAUUAUUUGUUCUUGUUGAAUUGGUUUGAGAGGUUCCCGGAGUACAAGGGUAGGGAAUUUUAUAUCGCCGGGGAGAGCUACGCUGGACAUUAUGUACCUCAACUUGCACAUAAUAUUCUAUACCAUAACAAGAAUGCUAGCAACAACAUUACUAUUAUUAACCUCAAAGGGAUCAUGAUUGGGAAUGCAGUGAUUAACGAUGAGACAGAUGAACGAGGAAUGUUCAAUUAUUUUGCAACCCAUGCUCUCAUAUCCGAUGAAAUUUAUAAUCAAAUACAGAAAUUCUGUGAUUUCUCACCCAAUGCUACCAAACAGUCUGAUGAGUGUGAUUCGUCGGUUAUUGAAGCCGAAAAGAAUAUCGAAGAUAUAAAUAUUUACAACAUCUAUGCUCCUGUGUGUGUGUCUACCAAUCUCACUGCCAAGCCCAAAAAGACUUCUCUGUCAAAUUUUGAUCCGUGCAGUGAAAAUUACGUGUACGCUUAUUUGAAUCGACCUGACGUUCAAGAAGCCCUCCAUGCCAAUGUCACCAAGCUCAGUUAUGACUGGGAGCCGUGCAGUGAUGUGAUAAAAAAUUGGGAAGAUAGCCCAUCAACGGUCAUUCCUCUUCUAAAAGAGUUCAUGGCGAAUGGACUUAGGCUGUGGAUAUUUAGCGGUGACAUGGAUGGAAGAAUACCAGUCACUUCAACGCAAUAUUCAAUUAACACUAUGAGUCUUCCUGUAAAUACUACAUGGCAUCCCUGGUUCCUCAGAGAGGAGGUUGGUGGGUAUACCCAAGUGUACAAAGGAGACCUAACUUUUGCUACAGUUAGAGGGGCAGGGCAUCAGGUGCCAAGCUACCAACCAGAAAGAGCACUUUCACUCAUCAUGCACUUUCUUGCUGGGAGACCUCUCCCCAAUUCUUCAAGACAUAAUAAUUAAGUGAUCUUUUUUAAAAAAAAAAAAAAAAUUCAAAAUUCAUCUAUGCAUUUUUAUUUGAGUUUGGUAAUGGCAUUAGGGGUUUGGCAAAAUAGGUCAAAUUAUAUUUAAUAAUGUAUAGUUUUUUAUUACAAAUUCAUGGUUUCAAUUGAAGCCCAAUGGCUACAUUUUCCUUUGUAAUUUAUUGUGAUGAUUAAAACAUCAGAAAUAGAUUUAUUUAAUUUUCUUUUUUCUUAA